CGGGGUCAGGUGGAGGCGUAGCUUAUGGCGUAGCUCUCACCUGAUCGAUGGCACAUGGGAUGAGACACUGGACGUCCUUCCGUCCUCCGAAAAUCUCAGGGAAAGAGCUGCUGAAGGACGGAGCUGCCUGGAUGGCUGGGAAGCUGAUUUUACCUGGAAGAGAAGAUUCCAAACCUCACCGAUGCAGUCGCUGUCACCAAAGCCGAAGAUUCCUUUAACCUGGUUGAAGGUCACGUGUUUCUGGACUUUCACCACAUUCCUGUAGAAGCUGGGCGACGCUCUGAGCGAAGGAGACAACAGACGGUGGUCAACACCGGAAAGAUCUUGCAGAAACAAAACCGGAUGAGUCCGUCCUCACCCCAUGUAGUCCAGGUCUGAGAAGAUGAAGGUUUUGUUGACGUCAAAUCCACAAGCGAUGAUGUCUUUGGCGUUCUCCACAGCAAAUCGGUGGCACUCUUCCAGACUCAGAUCCUUCCACAGAUACUUCUCGUCGUCGGUCAGCUGCACCACCAGAGGGAUGUCAAACACCUCCUGCAGCCACCUGAGGGACACCAACACUCCUUCAUGAGUGCAUUUGUGCAGGACCCUGGGCAGCUGGUGAGACUGUCACUUACUUGGUGAAGAUGAAAGGGAUCAGGUGACCCAUGUGCAUGGCUUCAGAUGAGGGACCUCUACCGGUGUACAGCAAGUACUGAUGAUACCAGCCCACGACAGACUCCACUGAUCCACAUGUGAGAGUCGACUGACCUGUGAGAGAAGAAGAUUCCUCUGCGCAGGAAGCGGUGAGGCUUCUGACCUGCCACCUUCUCUAUUCUGUCGAUCAGCUCUUUGUCUAUUUUAGAGCUGCCAAAUCGUACUGAACAGAAGACACAUUACAAACAUGUCAACAGCAGCAACAGAGGGUCGUCGCUCACCUAUGAGUUUGUCGUAGUCGACUCCUUUAGCAUUGCUGGUGGAAACGGUCCACGGGUCCACUGUGUCCUCGUCUGUUCCUUCUGCAGAACAGUUCCCAUCGCUGGCAGCGGUGCAGUUCUCGGGCGGGGGACUCCCAGCCUUGUAGUCCAGCCCGGUCAGCCGCUUGAAGUCCAUCUUCAGCUUCAGCAGAGACUGCACUGCCGCGUCCACCUCAGCCUGUAGGGUUUGUCAGACCAACACAACCAUAAACAAAGGUGCACAGUUAUGAUAUGGGUGAGAGUGAAAGUCAUUCCUGUAGCGCACAGAUUCUUGAGAAAUCCAUGGGCCUGUUUCUGAAAGCUGGUUAGCGAAGCCGCGUGACCUACGAGACCAACAACAACCUUGAGUCAAAGUUGAUCCGGCGGAAUAGAACCUAGAUUACAUGAUUCACCAUGGCAACACAUGGAAGUUUCUCGCCUCCUACUUGACCUUGUACAGAUGUAAACAUUAAUAACUAAACAUGCAGAAAGUGAUCACAUAAAAAUAAUGCUGAGCGAGUGAAUGAGUGAUAAAGUAGAUAAAAAAGAUGUGUUUGAGCGCCCUCAACAGGCAAAAAAACAGCAUUCAUGUAAUAGAAUGUAAUUAACCUGACAUUUAUUACAGAUGGAAUGAAAGCGAUUGAACCUGGGCAUGAACAGGGAACUCAAGGUUGAACUGGUCUUCAUGAAUGAACUGGAUCUUCAUUUAAGCGCAACAGAAGACGACUGCAGCUCCUACCUUCUCGGCUUUAGCGGUCUUCAGGCUCCUGACUUUCUCCCCCUGAGCUGUCACGCUCUCGUACAGCUCCAUCGGGCUCGGGGCUCCGUCACCCUGGCACUCCGUCAUCCUCUCACUAAAGAUGCUAACACAAACAACACAUAUCAACAGCGUGACGUGAUGCGAUGACGCCGACAUAUGUUAACGUUGAGUGAACCCCCCACAUGGCACCGCGACGCGAAUCACAACACACUAGAACUCAACCGACACGUACAAUGCAACAUUAAUUCAUUCACAGUACUUGAUUUGAGACACUGACUGUCCGCACCUUUGGGAUAUUUAGUCAUUCAACUUGCAUCAGCCGGUGUGGAUACCGAAUGUGUCUGCUUGUUCAUGUGGGCGGGCGGUGACGUCAUAUCCGGCACUCGCAAUCUGAUUAUUUUUUUUACUUUUUAAUGGUUGAAUGCAAUUUAAAAUGAAGGAUUAAAUGGUAUUUUCUACCCGGCGUGAAAGAUUUAUAUUACAAAAGAUUAUGUCUAUCAAGCAGGUAAUUUGCCAAGCAUAUGUUCUACUUCCUGGUCUGACGUUGACUGACAUGUACGGGUUAUUUUUAUUUGCCAUCGCACCAAAAUCAGAAUCGACAGCAACGCAUUACGAAAAAGAUAUGUGUCGAUUAACGAGUUACAUAUGGCAGAACAGACCCAUGCUUGGAAAACUAUCUGGCUGCGUUUUGCUCACAAAAAAUGCUUCGUGUGUGGUAGUAAAAGUUUCAGUAAAGGUUUCAAAUAUUACGAUCGCUACUGCCGGAUGUGACGUCUUCUCCCGGACACAUUUGGCGUCUAGUAUGUCCCCGUUAAUCAUUCCGCUGAUAAAAACAAGUUCCGCUUGGCUGAGGUCCUCUGAGCUAACUAAUAUCGAGGUGAUAAAAUAUAUGUAUUUAUAUCUAAACGAAAACAUGUAUAUGUCGAGUGUUUUUGGGACCGCAAAAUUGACGGAGUGACAGUGAAUAUAAAACAUAUUCAUAGGCGGAUACAAGCUAUUUGGUCUCGUCAGACCUUUCAAAGUAAAAGUGCACGCCUGUUUCGCACUCACAUUUGUUAAUUAACAUUGAUAACCGUGCUUUAUUUUGAAGGUCUGUUUUGGACGACCAGCGGAUCACGGAAGUGCACUCAGUGUUGACUAUUAAACGAGAAAGUCGGCGAUUAGCGAAUCACGUGACAAUGACCUCACUUGUGGCCUACGAGGACUCAGAUGAGGAAGACGGCUUUGGUUCGAGAGGACAAGAACAGUGUGAGCUGAGAGAUGAACCACAGAGCCCACAGCCGUCUCUCAACCCUCCCUCUUUGGGUCCUCUCAUCUCUGCUGGUCCUCCUGUGGUGGAAGGUUCUGUCCGCAUGAACUCUCCGAUGAGCUCUGCUCAUGGCCCUCUGUGGUCUUCUCAGAAGAUGGGCUGUGACCUGCAGGUCCCCCAGAGUGUCCUUGAAACUCCCGCUUCCAGUAUGAAGAGACCCGGUUGCGUGCGACCGUACAUCCCCAAGAGACAGAGACUUGUCAAAGCUUCCGACGUCAUGGCUCCUGCUGAAGAACCGGUCCUUUCUGGGGAUGAGCCUGUCCUAUCUCAGGUGUCAGACAGAGUUGCGGUUCAACUAACACGAGAGAUAAGAGCAGCAGAGAUUCCCAGGAGACUUGUGAGGAGCAUGUGUGGCCACCAGGGGGCAGUCAACACCAUCCAGUGGUGUCCAGUGCCUCAGUUCAGCCACCUUCUGCUAUCAGCGUCCAUGGACAAGACCUACAAGGUGUGGGACGGAGUGGAGAGCGGACAAUGUCGGAGGGUUUACUCGGGGCACUCCGCAGCUGUGAGAGACGCUUGUUGGACUCCUUGUGGGACUCAGCUUGUCACCGGCUCAUUCGACAACACAGCUGCCAUCACGGACGUAGAGACUGGCCAGCAAAUAGUAAAGCUAGACAACCAGUUCAAGGUGAUGUGUGUGUCUCUUCACCCCGGCGCCCCCUCAGUGGCCGUGUGUGGAGGCUACAGUCCGUCAGUCCAGGCAUGGGACUCUCGCUGCAACAAGGUGGUGAAGGUCUACCGGGCGGCGGUCCAGCAGACUCUGGACCUGCUGUUCCUCAGAGGAGGAUCAGAACUCAUCAGCAGCUCUGACUGUGUCAGCAGAGACUCAGCAGACCGGACCCUGAUCGCCUGGGACUACGAGACCACUGCCCGGCUCUCCAACCAGAUCUACCACGAGCGGUACACGUGUCCCAGUCUGGCUCUUCACCCGGUGGAUGACGUGUUUGUGGCUCAGACUAACGGGAACUACCUCGCCGUGUUCUCCUCGCUGAGACCGUUCAGGAUGAACAAGAGGCGCCAGUAUGAAGGUCACAAGGUGGAGGGUUACGGGGUGCAAUGCGACUUCUCUCCUGAUGGGUCGGUCUUGGCGUCUGGCUCCUCCACCGGUUCGGUCCACUUCUAUGACUACCACAGUGGCCGCCUGCUGCACAGCCUCAUGGCACAUCGGCAGCCCUGUCUGAGCGUCGCACUGCACCCUGUUCUGCCAGGCACCACUGCAUCAAGUGACUGGACUGGAGAGGUCAAGGUCUGGGCCUGAACUCUGAUUUGUUCCUGCUCACCUCACAAGCAGAACUGUUGCAACGAGUCACAUGAAGACUCUCAAAGACGGAAAUCCUGAACAGAUGUGAGUGACAACACACAGACGCACUCACACAUGCCAAAUAACUCCCUCCGACAGUUGUUUAUUUACCAACACUCAGUUUAUUCUUAAACAAACAACAGAACCACAGUCAUGCACCGAACUCUGCCGCUCACAAUUCCACUGUCGGAUCGGAACCAGACCAGAGCUCUGGUCCAAAUGAGAAGAUGAGUCAACUCAUCUUUGAAAGAUCACUUCCUUGUACAUUUUGUCAUCGAUCCACACUUCAGAGUCACUUGACUGACGCAGUUUACUUUUGCUUGUAUGCAGCUAGUUCUGCUAACUGUUAGCAUGUUAGCAUUCAAACAGAAAACUGUAGAAAAGUUAACAAAUGAACUCGGUGAAAAAUGUUUACGAAAGUAGAUCUAGAAAGAAAGUGAACUUGGUCGCCAUGAAUGUUGGGAGAAAACAUUCGCGACAAAACACUCGAUUAAAGAAAGUAUCCCUGGUUCUCCGGUUGUUGGUCUCUGCUUGAUAAUGGACCAUGCCUGUCCUUAUACCAUCAAACCAAAAACUCUUGCCAUAAACAUUAUGACCAGAACGGAAAUCUUACUAGAAGUCUGAAUGACACCCUGAAAGCCUCAGAAAUCAUCAAAAAAAUAAACAAAAAAGGGGAAAAAAAUAAACCUAAAUCUAUAAUCUGUUUCCAUCAAAGAACCUCCAAACAUGCCGCUGCUGACCUAAUUCUAGAUUCAACUCCUUUGGUGUCCAUUCACUCUUGAAUAAGAACCCAGCUAGCUUAAUGCGCUAGUUACCAAAACAGAAUUAUCCAUGCGACAUUUGGAACGUCCUGUUUUCUACAGAACCAUCAGAAACAGGAAGUAGUGAACCAUAGUCGUAAACAUCCACUAACGUCACAGCAGCUAAAUAGUUAAUACACAGUUUUCUUCGUCUACAUGCUGUAAAAGAACAUUCCGUGCACUAAAGGGUGUUAAGGCUGAAGUCACGAGUGUCCGGGUGCCAGGGAAACAGGCAGCAUCAGAUU